GUUUUUUGUAAAGUAAAUUUAUACCAAAUACCUGUUGCAAGUAAAAAUUUAAAUGCUACUAAAAUAAAGCAAGUUUAACUCAAGUAGUCUUUUUUUUACAUUUAAUUUUCCCGUUAUAGUUGAACAGAUAGUAAUCCUUAUAUUUAAUUUCUGUUUCCGCUGCUACUAACUCUAGAAUCCUGAAUUGUGUGUAUUUUACUUUUUCUUUUUAAAAAAAAAUAUACACAUAUUUAUAAAUAUAAUGAAUUCUGUACAAAAUAUAAUUCAGCAAGCAAAUUUAGCUAGUCUUUUAGGAUUACAUUUGGGCCUUUCUCUUUUAGGUGCAGUCGCUAAUAAUCCAACAUAUAACAUUCCCAUCUUUUUUUUUGGCAUUUGGGCAUAUAAUUAUCGUGAUUCGAAUUCACCUCUCAAAACUUUUACAGGAGUACUUGCUUUUAGUAUUUUCUUGGAUAUAAUAUGGUUCUACUUACACGGUGGUAAUCCUCAAGCAGAAAGUGGAUUUGGAUUUGCUAAAUUCUUCAACGUUAUAAACCUUUUUGUAAAGCCUCUUACAGUGUAUUCCGGCUUUAUCAACUUGAAGGAACGUGGGGAUUCUUUAAAUGUUGGAAGUUGGUCGGACGCACCUGGCGCGUUUCCUUCCGGUGGUUAUCAAAAUGUUAGAGAUGGAGAUAGUGCUGAGUUUGCAUAAAGUUGGAAUUUUGAAAAGAGUUAAUAUACAAAUUUUAGUUUCUAAAUACUUUUGUGGAUAUUAAAGACAGAGUUCUGCAGUAAACAAAAAUAAUAAUAAUAUAAGUGAUCUUUAUGCAGCAAAUAUACAAAGAACAAUAUCAUAGAUUGUAGUAUUAAUAUGUGCGCAUCACUGUUAUGCUGAUAAAGUGGAAGAAACCCAUUCAAACAGUUUAUUAAGCUUUUUAUUUUGGAUUAAUUUUAAUGCUUCUUUGAUAUCGUUUUAUUGUGAAACUGUAUAUCUUACUCUUUAACUGUAAUAUCUUUCUUUUUUUCGGUUUAUUUUAACAGAAAGAGUAGUAUUAGUAUAUGUAAAAAGCAG